AUGUUUCCUCAAGAAAUAGACUUUGUAGAUGAAUGGGAAUUUAAUUCCCUUUCUUUAAAGAAAAAUGAAGAAUUAUACACUGUAGCAUGGAAUAUUUUAGAAAGAAGGGGUUUUGUGGAAAAAUAUAUGAUUAAAAAUAAAACUUUUGCUAAUUUUAUUUAGCAUUUAUAAUAUGGAUAUAACAAAAAAAGAAAUUUCUUUCAUAAUUUUAAUCAUGGAAUAGCAGUUAUGCAAAGUUGCCAUAUGUUAACUAAAUGUUAAAAAUCUUAAAGUAUUUUGAAAGAUAUAGAUGUUUUUACUGUUAUCUUUUCAGGUUUAUGUCAUGAUGUAGGACAUACAGGAAGAACUAAUAAUUUCGAAAUUGCAGUUUAAUCGAAAUUGGCUAUUAGGUAUCAUGACAAAUCAGUAUUAGAAUAACAUCAUUUAGCGCAAACCUUUAAAAUAAUGCUAAAUAUGAAAAAUUCUAAUAUAUUAUAAAACCUAUAAAUGGUCGAUUUUUAAUAUAUAAGGAAAUAAAUGAUAUCUAACAUUUUAUAUACUGAUAUAAAGCUUCAUUUUAAGCUUAAAUAAGACUUUGACUUAUAUUGGAAAAAAAGCGACGAAAAACUGGAAGAAAAAAGUGCACUAACUGAAUAACCUGAAAACAUCCAAAACAGAGAUUAAUAUUAAUAAUAAAUCGAAAUAUUGACUGGAAUGAUAAUUCACACGGCUGAUUUUAACGGGGCUGUCAAAAAAUUUUUAUUCGCAAAAUAAUGGUCUGAAAGGGUUAAUAAAGAAUUUAAUAAUUAAUAUAUGGAAGAGGGAGUUAAAGGAAUCAUACAAACACCUUUUAUGAAAGAUUUAGAUAAAACUAAUAUAAUGGCGAGGGCUGAAAAAGAGUUUUUGGGUGUCAUUGUAUUACCUUUAUGGGAAAUUUUGAAUAGUUUUUAUGAAGGAGAAUUAAAUCAUAUUAUUGGAAAUAUAAAUGAGUCUAUAUAAGAAUGGGAAAAAUUGGCAGCUUAAGAAGAAUUCUAAACUACAGAAAAAAUAGAGAAUUUAGAAGUUAUUACUGAAAAAGAAGAAACAGAAUCUUUAAAAUAAAUAUAAAAAUAAUGA